AUGGUAUCUGGUGGAUAUCGCAUUGGUAUGCACAUUGUUACAUCCGCAUUGAGACUUCUCGAACCGAGGGUCGAUGAUGACUUCGUUGAUCGUCUUCACUACCUCUACACAUCCACCAUCAUCUUCCUAUUCGCCAUUCUUGUAUCGGCAAAACAAUAUGGUACUUCUUUUCGAUAUUUCUGUCGUCGUCAUCCAAUAGAAUGCUUCGUACCAGCACAGUUCACACGAGCAAUGGAACAGUACACGGAGAAUUAUUGUUGGGUGCAAAAUACCUAUUGGGUACCGUUCCAGGAUCUGAUACCGCACAGACUUGAUGAUAGAGAAAGGCGUCAAAUCGGCUAUUAUCAGUGGGUACCGUUUGCGAUGGGGAUCGCAUCACUCAUGUUCCAUAUGCCAGCCACCGUCUGGCGAAUGCUUUCCACACAAUCAGGUUAUCAACUCAUGCUAUUCUCAUCACCACUAUCUUGUAAUAUCCAACACGUAAACCGUCCUAAUGCAUCUGCCACAAUCCAUCCAAACAAACUCGACUCUACUCUAUGUAUUUCGACAAAACCAAAAAUCCAAUUCCUCAUCACAUCUGCAAUGGUUUAUGAUAACACCUCUCUGCAGUUCAUCAGCCCAUGUUGCUUCCCAGUCAAAAACCAUCCAUAUUUCUAA